UUGACCCGCAAGCUGCAAAGUGUGAACUUGCGACACACAAGAGGCCAAGUUCAUUGCAUCUUAAAUGGGAGAUAAUAUUGGAGCAAGUGGUUCGAGUACUGAAGAUGGAGGUAUCAAGGAGCAAGAGCGGCUGUUGCCAAUAGCGAACGUGGGGAGAAUCAUGAAGCAGAUUUUGCCACCAAACGCGAAAAUAUCAAAGGAAGCUAAAGAAACGAUGCAAGAAUGUGUUUCAGAGUUCAUAAGUUUUAUCACCAGUGAAGCUUCGGAAAAGUGCAAAAAAGAAAGGCGGAAGACUGUGAAUGGAGAUGAUAUUUGCUGGGCUAUAGGAACGCUAGGUUUUGAUAACUACGCCGGGCCAUUAAAAAGGUAUUUGCAUAAGUUUAGGGAAAUAGAGGGAGAUAGAGCAAAUAAUCAGCAGGAGAAGGCUGCUGGGAGUAACAGCAAUACUGAAGAUCAAAAGGAGGAACCAUCUUUAUAUGUAACUGAUCAUCAUCAUAAUCAGCCUACAAGAUUUAGUUUCAACUCAAUGCCAUAUUAAUUGGUUGAGGUCUUUGUUAGGCUUUAGGCAAAGUGAUUAAUUUCUAGCUUUGUUUGUGAUUAUACCGAUGAAUUUAAAGAUCAAAUUAGGGGUUUUUUGUUUUCCA